AUGUUUGGAGAGUCUCAGCAGCUGUGGCCUGAAGGUCACUGGUGUCUUUCGCGGCAGCAACCCAGAACCCGCUGGUGGACACCAGUGGUGAGGGAAGCCGUCAGGCUGAAGAAGGAGGCCUUUCAGGCCUGGCUGACUCGGGGGUCUCCUGAAGCAGCCAACGGAUACCGGUUGGUCAAAAGGGCUGGAAACCUGAUCUUCUAUGAGUCUGACCUGACAGAGUGUGGCAUCGAUGUGGAAGCAGCCUCAAAGUACUCAGGAGUGUUCACACAGAUCUUUAAAGAGGAGAAUGGACUGUACCAGGACAAGGUGUUCUGCUUCGUCCAUCUGAGUGUUCAGGAGUUUCUGGCUGCUCUUCAUGUCCAUCAGACCUUCAUCACCUCUGGAAUCAACCUGCUGGACAAAGAACAACAAAGAACAUCUUGGUGGUCUGAAGUGUUCCAAAGUAAAUCAACAGGUUUCUACCAGAGAGCAGUAGACGAGGCCUUACAGAGUCCAAACGGACACCUGGACUUGUUCCUCCGCUUCCUCCUGGGUCUCUCAAUGCCGACCAAUCAGAAUCUCCUACCAGGCCUGCUGACACAGACAGGAAGUAGCUCACAGACAAAUCAGAAAACAGUGGAGUACAUCAAGAAGAAGAUCAGUGAGAAUGUGUCUGUAGAGAGAAGCAUCAAUCUGUUCCACUGUCUGAAUGAACUGAAGGAUGUUUCUCUAGUGGAGGAGGUCCAACAGUCCCUGAGAUCAGGACGUCUGUCCACAAAUAAACUGUCUCCUGCUCAUUGGUCAGCUCUGGUCUUCAUUUUACUGUCAUCAGAAGAACAUCUGGACGUGUUUGACCUGAAGAAAUACUCUGCUUCAGAGGAUGUUCUUCUGAGGCUGCUGCCAGUGGUCAAAGCCUCCAAGAAAGUUCUGUAAGUAGUUGGAGACUGAAGAUACUUUUCCAUUUUCCUGCUGUUUCAUCAGUAUAAUCUGCUUUCUGUCUCUUCAGACUGAGUGGCUGUAAUCUGUCAGAGAGAAGCUGUGGAGCUCUGUCCUCAGUCCUCAGCUCCCAGUCCUCCAGGGUGACAGAGCUGGACCUGACUAACAACAACUUGCAGGAUUCAGGAGUGGAGAGUCUUUCUGCUGGACUGGAGAGUCCACACUGUAAACUGGAAGCUCUCAGGCUGUAAGGCUGUCUGGUCACAGAGGAAGGUUGUGCUUCUCUGGCCUCAGCUCUGAGCUUCAAUCCCUCAAAUCUGAGAGAGCUGGACCUGAGCUACAACCAUCCAGGAGACUCAGGAGAGGAGAUGCUGAG